AUGACACCACAGGGGCUGGCAAAAUGCGUCGUUCAAGAGGAAUCAUCUGAGAGAAAUCGUAAUAGCAAACGCGACAUGCCAGACAUCGAUGUUCAACGAAUGCGACGCGCCACUAUUGAAGAGCUUGACGAGAUCUUCAAUCGGUAUGCCAGUCUUGAGGAAGGCUCGCAGCGCUACAUGACUCCUUCCGACUUCCUCGUCGAGUAUCUCGGCCUGCCGAUCAAGUGCGAAGAAACGGUCGCUCUCCUUGCCAGCGCCAUCGACACGACGGGCGACGGACGGAUCUCGCGGGGCGAGUUCUACGCUUUCGAAACUACUCUCAACUUGCCCGAUUCGCUCUUCAGAGUUGCCUACCAGCUCUUCGACCAGGACGGAUCGGGUUCUAUUUCUCUCGACAAUGUGCGAGACCUCAUGAGUCGAGUUGUUCUCAGGAAUACAGACCAGGCACUGCCAGCUUUCAACUUCGAAUCAGACUACGUGAAGCUGUUCUUUGGUUCCGACUUCAAGCAUCAGCUCAACUACGACGAAUUCACCGAGUUCAUCCAGGGCUAUCUCCAGGAAUACUCGAAGCAAGCCUUUUGGCAGCAGCGGAAAUUACGUAACGGCUUUGUUACUCCUGACGUCUUUGCCGCCAUCAUGACUGAAAUUCAACCUUUCCAACUGACCUCCUGGACCACCAGCCAUCUCACAGCCUUGGCACAGGUGUUCAACAAGGGACACAAUGUCAACUACGCUUUCUUUACCGCCUUUCACAAUCUGAUGAAGAACAUGGAACUUGUGCGUAGAAUCUAUCAGUCUCUCUCUGGCCGCGACCGAACAUACGAGUGUACCAAAGUUGAAUUUAUGAUCGCUGCGCAGCGAAUCUCUCAGCUGACCCCGAUGGAAGUCGAAAUCCUUUUCACAAUGUCUGACCUUUACGAGCCCCGAGGAUUCAUCACUCUCACCGACAUUGAACGAGUCACUCCUUUCGAAGAAGGUGUCCUCCCUUACAAUAUUGCCUCUCAGCAAAAAGAAACUAUCGCUGAACGAACUGCAUUUUCUUAUGUUGCUGAACAGGUUUACCGAUUUGGGCUCGGUGUCAUUGCUGGUAUCGCUGGUACUUUGGUGGUCUACCCGAUUGACUCCGUGAAGACGCGCGUUCAAAACCAGCGAAAUGUUAUCGGAGAAACGCGGGCGGCGACGACGAUGAUGUACAACGGCUAUGCAGAUUGCGCCAAGAAAGUCAUUCAGUACGAAGGAUUUGGGGCGCUCUACAACGGAAUCGCCGCUCAGUGCCUUGGCGUUGGUCCUGAAAAAGCCAUCAAACUCACAGUUAACGAUUUCAUGCGAGAUUUAUUCCGAAAAGACGAUGUCGUUCCCGUCCCUCUCGAAAUUGUCGCCGGUGGUGUUGCUGGAGGUUGCCAAGUUCUUUUUACGAACCCUCUUGAAAUCAUUAAAAUCCGAAUGCAGCUUGAUAAGACUGCCAGUUUGGCUGGAACCUUCAAAGACGUCGGCGUGAAAAGGCUUUACGUUGGUGCUUCUGCCUGUCUUUUGCGAGAUAUUCCCUUCUCGGCAAUCUACUUUCCUGCUUAUGCUCAUUUGAAGAAGGCACUUUCAGAAGAAGAUGGUCACUUGCCAAUCCAGUACGCGCUCUUGGCCGGUUUCCUCGCUGGUUUCCCCGCCGCUGGUCUUACUACCCCUGCUGAUGUUAUUAAAACCCGUCUUCAGGCUAAACAACCCGAAGGAGUUGAGCCUUACAAGGGUUUAAUAAGAACAGGUGCUCGAAUCUGGAAAGAAGAAGGUUUCAACGCACUCUGGAAAGGAGCAGGUCUCAGAAUGGUUCGAUCUCCUCCUCAGUUUGCGGUGACUCUCUUCGUCUACGAAUUGCUCCAGCGAUUCUUCCAGGAACGAGGAAUGUCAUUUUCGUCCUCAAAGCCCAUCGGUUCCGUUCACAAGCCAAAGACCAUCCACGUAGCGGAUUUGCCACCAAUCAACCCAGAUCAUGUCGGCGGCAUGAAGGUUGCCGCUGCUACUUAUGCCGGUAUCGAACACAAGUUUGGUCUCAAGCUGCCCCGUUUCAAAGCAUCUGAGGUUCCAAUCUAUAUCAACACUGAUACGUUAUCAUCCGAAUUCAACUCUAUUCCUCCAGUUCAAUCCCCAGAAAUAAAUGUCGACGUCCAAAAUAAUGAAGGUACAUCUAGCUGA